GUUAAAAAUAAGACGUUUCCUCUUCCAUUCCCUGCUGUGUCUCCCCACUUAAACUCCACUCCCCACCACUGCUACCAGCUCUAAAGAUCAUGGCUCCUUGGCCCGAGUUGGAAAAUGCCCAGCCCAACCCCAAUAAAUUCAUUGAAGGGGCCUCAGGUCCACAGUCUAACAUAGCAGUCAAGGACAAGGAGCCCAACCAAAAUGAGAGUGGGACUCCUGUAACCAAGAUUGAGCUGCUACCCUCCUAUUCCACCGUGGUCCUAAUAGAGGAGCCCACUGAGGGGAAUGACCCCUGGGACCUGCCUGAACUCCGGGACACUGGGAUCAAAUGGUCAGAGAGAGACACCAAAGGGAAGAUUCUCUGCGUUUUCCAGGGGAUUGGGAAAUUCAUUCUUCUCCUGGGCUUCCUCUACUUAUUUGUCUGCUCCUUGGAUGUACUCAGCAGUGCCUUUCAACUGGUUGGAGGGAAGAUGGCUGGACAGUUCUUCAGCAACAAUUCCAUCAUGUCUAACCCUGUGGCCGGGCUCGUGAUCGGGGUGCUGGUGACCGUCAUGGUGCAAAGCUCCAGCACAUCUUCGUCCAUCAUCGUCAGCAUGGUGGCUUCAUCGCUGCUGACCGUGCGGGCUGCUAUCCCCAUCAUCAUGGGGGCCAACAUCGGAACCUCCAUCACCAAUACUAUCGUGGCACUUAUGCAGGCGGGAGACCGGAAUGAGUUCAGAAGGGCAUUUGCAGGGGCCACUGUCCAUGACUUCUUCAACUGGCUCUCCGUGUUGGUGCUCUUGCCUCUGGAGGCCGCCACCCACUACCUAGAGAUCUUGACCAACCUUGUGGUGGACACCUUCAAGUUCAAGAACGGAGAAGACGCCCCAGACCUUCUGAAAGUCAUCACGGACCCCUUCACAAAGCUCAUCAUCCAGCUGGAUAAAAAGGUCAUCCAACAAAUUGCCAUGAGUGAUCCGGGAGCCCAGAACAAGAGCCUGAUCAAGAUCUGGUGCAAAACUGUUACCAAUGUGACUCAGAUGAAUGUCACCGUUCCCUCACCUGAUAACUGCACCUCCCCUUCACACUGCUGGACUGAUGGCGUACAGACCUGGACCAUCCAGAACAUCACCCAUAAGGAGAACUUUGCUAAGUGCCAGCACAUCUUUGUGAAUUUCAGUCUCCCAGAUCUUGCUGUGGGCAUCAUCCUGCUUGCAGUCUCCCUGCUGGUCCUCUGUGGCUGUCUGAUUAUUAUAGUCAAGCUCUUGGGCUCUGUGCUCAAGGGACAGGUUGCCGUUGUCAUCAAGAAGACCCUUAAUACUGAUUUCCCCUUUCCCUUUGCCUGGUUGACUGGCUACUUAGCCAUCCUUGUGGGGGCAGGCAUGACCUUCAUUGUGCAAAGCAGCUCCGUGUUCACUUCUGCCAUGACACCACUCAUUGGUAUUGGAGUGAUCACCAUUGAGAGGGCAUAUCCACUCACGCUGGGCUCCAACAUUGGCACCACCACCACUGCCAUCCUGGCAGCCCUAGCCAGCCCAGGAAGCACCUUGAGGAGUUCUCUGCAGAUUGCCCUGUGCCAUUUUUUCUUCAACAUCUCCGGAAUCUUGCUGUGGUACCCAAUCCCAUUCACCCGACUGCCCAUCCGUCUGGCUAAAGGCCUGGGCAACAUCUCCGCCAAGUAUCGCUGGUUCGCGGUCUUCUACCUCAUCUUCUUCUUCUUCCUGACCCCGCUGGCGGUGUUCGGCCUGUCUCUGGCAGGCUGGCCAGUGCUGGUGGGCGUGGGCGUGCCCAUUAUCCUGCUGGUGCUCCUGAUCGUAUGCAUCCGGAUGCUGCAGUCCCGCUGCCCUCGCAUCCUGCCUCUGAAGCUCAGGGACUGGAAUUUCCUGCCCUUGUGCAUGCAUUCCCUGAAACCCUGGGACAAUGUCAUCUCCCUGGCCACCACCUGCUUCCAGAGACGUUGUUGCUGCUGUUGUCGCGUCUGCUGCCGUGUGUGCUGCAUGGUGUGUGGCUGCAAGUGCUGCCGCUGCAGCAAGUGCUGCAGGAACCUGGAGGAAGAGAAAGAGGAGCAGGAUGUCCCUGUCAAGGCCUCUGGGGCCUUUGAGAAUGAAGCUAUGAGCAAAGACUUCCAAGAUGAGGGCAAGGGCCAAGCGGAGGCCAUGGGCAUGAAGACCAUGUCCAAUACGACAGUGUUCUAGGGGGACCUAGUAGUUGGGAGCGGCGGACCUAAACCCCAGGAGAUCCGCCCCUCCCGCUUGUCUUGCCACCUCAGCCAGAUUCCUGAGGAGGAGCAGAGCUGACAUCAACUCUAGCUCUCCUACCAGAGUUUCAGCCUAUAGGUGAAUUGGACUUGUCCCAAGGGCAUCUCCCCUCUCGGAAGACAGAGAUUGAGACUGUGAACAUGGACCCACAGAUGACAGACAUCCAUGUCUUGCCUAGAGUAUGCUAGUAGAAAAAGACUGUCCUCACCCAAAGGGCAGUGUUAAAGGAGGCUUUAGGGAAGGUUCUGGAAAGGGCCUAUAUAAGAGCUAUCUGUAAAUAGCUGUACAAAGCUGACCUUUCUUGGUAUAAAGCUUUAUCCACAUUUUUCUCUUUAUCAGAAUCUACCCCCUCUCCGUGGUAUCCCCCGAGGCAUCCCUGCCUCCGACCAGCCAGUUCAGACAAAAUGAAGCAAUUGUUUGGAGCUCAUAUUGAGCCUUUCUAGUUUACAUCACAGGACAACCCAUUCUUCAGGGCUGUCCAGGCCAAGCAGUUGCCCACAGCACCCUCAUCUUGAGGUUUCUAAGAUGGGGGUCAGACCUGGCUAGGGGUCCAUGACAUGCGGGGUUCACCCCUCUGGUUUGCACGCCUGCGGUUCUUCAUUGGACUUACCCAGAAACAAACUGUGAGGCAUUGUGGCUGCCGGUAAAUGACACUCUCCGUCAGAUAGCAAUAUUCCUGAUGGGACCCAAGCCCUCCCUCUUGCUGCCAUCUGGGAUUAUUUGCCUGUGAAGGGGCUGUUCUUCCCAUUUCUUUUUUGCAAGAGGACUUUGUGGGCCAGCUUUUAGUGGUCUGUUUCAUCCAGCCACGUUUCCCCCCCCCCCCCCCCACAGAUUUAUGUCCUCUGUAGGUGAGCUUUGUCCUGCCUUCCUUCACGCCUACAGAGUGCCGAGGGAAUUCUCAGGAGAUUGGGAGUGGCUAGACGCCCUCAAUUAUGAUGAAGCUCGGAGUCUCAGGGUGACUCCAAGUGAAGGGCGGGCUCCUGUUCACACCAGGUAACCUUUGCCGUGCCUUUUAGAGCUUUUCAGCUCUCACACCUGCUCAUCUUGACUCAGGAGAGCCGGUGUGGCUGUACCACAGGACUGUCCUUCACCUUCUCAGCACACUCUUCCCUGCCUGAGCAGGCUGAGAUGCCAAAUUGAGCCCUUCUGGAGACGUUUCCAAAUAGCCGUUUAUGUGGCAUAUUUAUAGCCAUGCAUCUGUACAGAAUACUUCAUAAGUUAUAUAGUAAAUAGCGAU